CAAACUUACAUACAGUUGAAUCAUGUAUGAUGGAUGAUAUUGCAUUUAAUUUGAGUAGCUAAGGCUGAUGGAGAGCUUUGAUUCAGUUGUUUAUAUCUACUUACCCAAAUUCCACACUUAUUUAUUUGACCAAGUCUUCCAUACUCAUAAUUAAGAGACUCCGCGCUUAUAACUAACUUACACUAAAACGUUUAUCAGCUCAUAGACGUACCGUGCGAUUCAGGAAGGAUGAGUUCAGUUUAUGAAUUAGUAUUAUUGCUUUUAUUUUGUGGCCUUUUGCCACUUGUCUUGGCGGCUGGGAACCAAGCAGAGUGUCCACCUUCGUUUCCAUGUGGAUAUCUGAGCAAUAUCAGUUUCCCAUUCACUCUAACUGAACGCCCCGACUGUGGCUUAUUGCCCAUUAGCAAUUGUGAUGAUCCACUUAAGCCCAUAAUGAUCCAAUUACACAAAAUUGGACUAUGGUUUCAGCUUCUACGCGUUGCUCAGCUUUUCAGUAGUCCUACUACUCCUCUCACAUCUUUUCAAUUUAGAGACAAAAAUCUCUAUGACCUUCUGCAGAACGAAAGUUGUGAAGCUUUCAGAAACAAUUAUACUCUUCCAUUUCCUCACAGCUUUCACUUUGCUUCUUUUCAUUUCCAAUACAACACAACUCUGUUCAGGUGCAACCGCAGCCUCCAUGUCAGCCCUCCCACAAACAUGCAUAAUUAUACAAAGUGCCCCGAUUACGAUCUCUACUACAAUAACAACCCCAAAGCUGAAGAUGCGUCUUUGAGAGCAUGUACAAAGGUCCUGCUUCCAAUUAAAGACGCGCCUGACGCUAACAACCCAUUCACAUUCGCAACUGCAGAUAUCUUCACUAAAGUAGAAUUAACCGAUGAAUGUGCAGCUUGCCACUAUCGCAGAGGAGGGCAGUGUCAACUUGACAGCAGAGAGAUAUUUUUUUGUGCCACUGCCAAUAGUAUCGGGAGAAGAAGUUGGAUUGUGAAAAUGAUACUAGGACUCGGUCUAGCUGUUACAAUUGCUCUGUUGCUAGUAAUGGUAAAGAUCUACCAUACAAGAUGGAAGAAGCAAAAUCCGACCAAUCAACAGAUUAGGAUCUUUUUGGAAAGAGAGGGACCCCUUCAAACUAAGCGGUAUGAUUAUUCUGAGAUAAAGAAAGUGACCAACUCCUUCAGAAACAAAUUAGGCCAAGGGGGAUUCGGAAGUGUAUACAAAGGAAAAUUACCAGAUGGACGUUAUGUUGCGGUGAAGAUCCUAUGUGAAUUGAAAGAUAAUGGUGAGGACUUCAUCAAUGAAGUGGCAACUAUCAGCAGAACUUCUCAUAUUAACAUUGUUAAUCUUUUGGGGUUCUGUUCUGAAGGUUCUAAACGAGCUUUAGUUUAUGAGUUUAUGUCUAAUGGAUCACUUGAGAAGUUUAUCUUUGAAGAAAAUGUCAUAAAGACGGAUCGUCAAUUGGACUGUCAAACGAUCUACCAUAUUGCAAUUGGUGUUGCCCGAGGACUAGAAUACCUGCAUCAAGGUUGCAAUACUAGAAUUUUACAUUUUGACAUAAAACCUCAUAAUAUUCUGUUGGAUGAGAAUUUCAACCCCAAGAUUUCUGACUUUGGACUAGCCAAAAUUUGCACAAGAAAAGAAAGUAUGAUAUCAAUAUUUGGCGCCAGAGGAACAGCAGGCUAUAUUGCCCCAGAAGUUUUUUCAAGAAAUUUCGGUACAGUAUCACAUAAGUCAGAUGUGUACAGCUAUGGAAUGAUGAUCUUAGAAAUGGUUGGAAGAAGAAAGAAUAUUAAGACUGAAGUAAAUUGCUCGAGUGAAAUAUACUUUCCCGAUUGGAUUUACAAUCGCCUUGAAUCAAAUGAAGAGCUUGGUUUACAGAACAUAAGAAAUGAAAGUGAUGACAAAUUGGUGAGAAAGAUGACAAUAGUGGGCUUAUGGUGCAUACAAACCCACCCUUCCACUCGACCAGCCAUAAGUAAAGUGUUGGAAAUGCUAGGAAGCAAAGUUGAGUUAUUGCAAAUUCCACCCAAACCCUUUUUGUCUUCUCCUCCGACCUCUCCAGUCCAUUUAUCUUGUGAGACUUUGUAACUUGUUAACUCGUGAGCUAGAAUAAUACUAUAUAAUGAACUAAAAUGUUACAGUAUUUCAAAUUUAUAACUAUAAUAAUCUGAUUCCAUGGGUUUUACUUCCUAUGGUAGCAGUGAUUUACUUACUGGUUGUUAUAUAGUAACUACUACAUUCUGAGUUUGCUGCCUUAGAGCCUUGACUAAAAUUGACUUUUAAACUUGUUUGAUCUUAGGUUCAAGUGCAUAAGUUGGGGUUGCGUAUCAAUAGUAUUGGGGGGUUCUGACUCAGCUACAUGUACAUUUCGUAUGAACUUGGUCAGUCAAAAACGGCUGCAUCAAAUUCAAUGGUAGAAAAUAAAAAAUAAAAAAACCAUUCAUUC